AUGGGUGCUCUUUGCUGCUGUCCUUGUAGUGAGGACUUUGAAGAAUAUGCUCUUCCAAGCAAUUCAGUAUAUAGGCAUUGCACAUGCCUAAGAUACUUCUUCCAUCAGUUAUUCAGUGGGUAUAGUGCACCGUUUCAAAGGCUUGAUGGACGGCCACCUUCAUCACCUCUCCCAGGAGCUACUUUGGUAUCAUCCGGAGUAGGCACAACACUCCCGAAUAAUUCCUUGAAUGAUACUCAGCUCUCAGUGUCCAGGCCAUCACCCUUUGAUGCUGAUCAAAGAUACUCGCGUUUGCAGCGUGAUGGAUUAGUCUCUAGGCGUGAUAAGUCAAUGACUCAUUUGCAAGAAGAUGCGCAACAACUGAGAAGAGGCAGUUCUGGCACAGAGUCCCUGGGUUUUGGGAAGAAAUGGAAUGGAGAUGAUAAUGAAGAAGAUUGUAAGUUUGGCCAAUCUGAGACCUCAGAAAAGGCUUUGGCAACAAAACUGGCAUAUGGACUAACUUUCGUGCAACCCUCAUCUGAAGAUGAAGAUGUUUGCCCUACAUGCCUGGAUGAAUACACUACAGAAAAUCCUAAAAUCACAACAAGAUGUUCUCACCAUUUUCACCUUGGCUGUAUUUAUGAAUGGUUGGAAAGAAGCGAGAGCUGUCCAAUUUGUGGCAAGGAAAUGGAAUUCUGUGAAAGCCCUUAA